AUAUUAUGUAAACAUGCGAUUAAUCCCGAUUUGUCUAAAUUUGUCCAAAAAAUGUGAUUUUAUAAACUAUUGUUUUUAUACGUCAAGCUUUACAGGAAAAAAAGGUUGUAAUUUGUUCAAAUGUAACGCCGUCAAACAUUUUCAACAUAAACAAACAUUUUCAGUAACAUUUCUCACCACUAGAUGGCAAAAUUACAAGCUUAAUCACUUUUUGGGUUUCUUUAUUGCUUUGAAAAAAGAGCAUGGAAAGUUGUUUUGGAGUCAAGGGGCUGAGAGAGACAAUGAUUUUGGCAAAGACACACACACACACACACACACACACACAAACAUAAACACACACAACCACACUCCCUCCCACACUCCAUCAAUCUAGCAGCAACUGGGGCAGCGAGCAGAAGUGUGUCAGACUUUGGGAUGCUUGUGCACAUUUACACGUGUGCAUCUGCCUUCUAGAAACGUCUUACCAACCAAGAAUCUCGAGACACUUUCAUUUUCCUUUUUUUUCCCCAGUAAAACCUUCACUCUGCUGCCACGGGCCAGCAGGAGCAAAGACAAAUCUGGUCUUUUUGGAGAAUGGUUUCUCCACGUUAACUGCGCGGAUUACACAUUGUCAAGGACCCUCUGGAAACCUACUUUUCUCUCAUGGUCGCUUUUGUAUUUUUCCUGUAGUCCUGAUUUCGCUCGACUCAGACAGUGCUUUGCAACAUGUGCAGGCUUUGGAGGAUAGCGGUUUUGCUCUGUGUCAAAUUGGUGGACACCGCGAAUGGAAAUACAGGACUCGUGCCGGAAAGAGGGUCAGCAGCUUCCUCCUGCUACGGAGGUUUUGACCUCUACUUUGUACUAGACAAAUCAGGAAGUGUGCAGCAUCACUGGAAUGAAAUAUAUAACUUUGUGGAACAUCUGGCCCAUAAGUUCAUAAGCCCUCAGUUGCGGAUGUCCUUCAUUGUGUUCUCCGAUCAGGGCAAGAUUUUGAUGCGGCUUACAGAAGACAGGGAACAAAUACGGAAAGGUUUGGAAGAACUCGAGAAAGUGCGGCCAGGUGGAGACACUUUUAUGCAUGAAGGCAUUCAGCGGGCCAGCGAACAGAUUUACUAUGGUAACACUGAAGGAUACCGCACAGCCAGUGUGAUCAUCGCCCUCACGGAUGGAGAACUGCAUGACAAUCUCUUCUAUUACGCUGAAAGAGAGGCCAACCGCUCUCGCAGCCUGGGUGCCUCGGUGUACUGUGUAGGGGUGAAGGAUUUCAACGAGACUCAGCUGGCCAAGAUCGCUGACAGCAAAGAUCACGUCUUUCCGGUAAAUGAUGGCUUCGAAGCUCUGCAAGGUGUCAUCGGCUCGAUCUUAAAGAGAUCCUGCAUAGAGAUCCUUGCUGCAGAACCUUCCAGCAUCUGUGCCGGAGAGGUUUUCCAAGUCGUCGUGAGAGGAAAUGGAUUCCUUCAUGCUAGAAAUGUGGACAAGGUUCUUUGCAGCUUCAGAAUAAAUGACACUCUCACCAGAAUGGUGAAGCCAUUAAUUGUGGAGGACACGUAUCUGCUCUGUCCAGCUCCUGUUCUUCGAGAGGAGGGAACGGCAGCCUCCCUUGACGUUAGCAUGAAUGAAGGCCUGAGUUUUAUCUCUAGUUCUGUUACUAUCACCACUGUAAGCUGUUCUGAUGGAACGAUCCUGGCCAUAGCACUACUGAUAGUGAUGCUACUGCUGAUUCUGGCUCUGCUCUGGUGGUUUUGGCCUCUCUGCUGCACUGUGAUUAUCCAUGAACCUCCACCACCAGUAGUGGAAGACAGUUCGGAUGAAGAAGAGGAUGGAACUCCGAAGAAGAAGUGGCCCACAGUCGAUGCAUCCUACUAUGGAGGAAGAGGAGUCGGAGGCAUUAAAAGAAUGGAGGUUCGCUGGGGUGAGAAAGGUUCGACCGAGGAGGGUGCUAAACUGGAGAAGGCGAAGAACGCGAGGGUAAAGAUGCCUGAGCAAGAGUUUGAAGCUCUUCCUGCUCGCAUCCUAAAUAAUGGCAUGCGAAAACCUCCAGGCCCUCGUAAAUGGUACUCGCCCAUUAAGGGAAAACUGGAUGCAUUGUGGGUGCUUCUGAAGAAAGGGUAUGACAGAGUGUCCAUCAUGCGACCGCAACCUGGAGACAAGGGUCGCUGUAUGAACUUCACUCGCAUCAAGUCUAGCCCUCCUCCACGCUAUCCAUCCUACAACCACCAUUCUUCACCCAUCUACACCCCUCCAAGCACCCUCAGCCCCCCUCCUCAAGGCCAGCUGCCCCCUCCACCACACAGUCCACCCGCCUCCCUGUCCUCCGGCUUUCCCCCGGCACCUUCUACACCUCCACCUCCCGCCAUGAACCCGUCUCCACCCAUCACUCCACCUCCAUCCUAUUCUCCACCCCCCAUCUGGUCAUCGUCUCCUAACACUCUCUACUUUUCUCCUCCCACGUCCCUUCCGCCAUCCCCUCCUGCCUCCCUGCCCCCGCCCCCUCAAGCCCCGCCUCCAGGCAGAGCUCCUCCUCCAGAUCGUCCACCUCCUCGGCCUUGUGUGUAACGCUGCACAUCUGAGUGGACUACUGAGGACUAGAAGUAAACAGGAAAUAUAAAUGUUCCGUAUCCUCCGCAAAAUUCCGUUGCUGUGUGGCCUAACGCAAUAAAACUCGAUACGAAGACUCACCCGUGGCAUCAAGGGCAUUUGCUCGUCUGAUAGAACAAUGAAAUGGAACACAAGCCACCAUGAAACUCUACAGGGAGCAACAUUCAGAAUCACACACGCAAAGAAGCGGAAAAAUUCACCUACAGAGCUUUUCAGCAGGCCCCAUUUGUGAGUUUAAGCAAGCUUUGAGAAUGGAAGUGGCUGGCUCCAUUAAUGGAUUUAUGGAUGUUUCACAAUUGCAUGCACAUGGCACCAUCUCACGAAGGAGAUCUUAAGGAGGAGUAACUUUUCGGGAGCUGUCUCAUUCAGAGCGACUGAGAAAAUAUAUGCACGUUUUUGACAAGCGUCACCAUGUACAGGUUCUUCAUUGAAUGGCAAAAAACUAAACAUCGGGUCUCAUUUACUAAACAUCGGAUGGGUUUAUACACACUUUUACGCGAUGCAAUGUAAUGCUGAAAGACCGCAUACCCUUGAUUACUAAUGUGCAUAAACACACGCAUCUCUAUAUAAGGGUUUGAUGUUCUAAAGGUAAAUGCAAUCAUUAGCUGUGUUACCAUCCACCUACGUUUAAUGGAAAUUCUGCUAAACUGGAUACAUGUUUAUUUUUUUCAAAAAGAAAACAUGCACAUAAAUUAUGAUGGAAAUGCAUUUACUAAAUUAAUUCCACCCAAACGUUGAAUUUGAUGCUUAUAAACUUAAUGGACCCAUUGCUUUGAGUCAAAAAAACAUACACAGACAAAACCAAAUUAAACUUGUGGCUCUUGACAAUACAUUGAGGUCUAAAGACACAAAACGCACAGACCAAUCGUUUCGUGUCUUUAGACCUCGAUGUAUUUUCAAGAGCCGCAGGGUUUUAUCCUGUGACUCUCAAAGCUGUGAGUCCCAUUGACUGUCAUUAUAUGACUUAUGAGUAAAAAAUCUUAGUUAGUGUUCUCCUGAAGAAACAUAAGUCACGACCAUCCCUUUAAUACACAUAAAAAGUGACAUCACCUGGAUCGAAACUUGCUUCAUUCGCAAAUGUUUUGUGAUAUUUUACGCAUAAGUUAAAUUCACAAUGUCGAAUUUACUAUAUUUUUUUAAUUGUUUUUAAAAAGUAAACCUUUGAAGACAAUUUUAUAUAGCCUUACUAUUUAAGUUAAAAUGAAUAUUUGUCCGUUCCAUUUUAAAGUCACUCUUUUUGCCCAUUUUCUUGUACUUCUUUGCUUCAGUGCUUUGAUUUACCUCAUAACGCGUUUUUUUUGGUUCAUGCCUUUAUGCUUUGACCUUUUCGAAAGGGCAGGCACAAAUGCACUCGACGGAAGCAGAUCUGAUUCUAUAUUUUAUUGUAAUGAGUGUGCCGACGAAUCACGAAAAUGCACCCGGAUUAAGUAAAUGAGACCCGGUUUUCUUUCAAAAAACUAAAUAGCAAAAUUCAAGUUUUUUUGGUAAAAUGUCUUGCCAUGGGAAGGCAAGCGGCUGUUGCUUGUUCAGGUAAUUGACAUUUAUUUGUGCAAUAGUGAUUUUUAGUGGCUUAUAUCGGGAUGUGUGGCUUUUUGGUCUUUGAAUUGAAGUACAAAGUACCAGACCAUAAUGAAUUAAGAAAUAGAGAAAUAGCUCAAGCGCAGAGAGAAACUGUGUCAUCAUUCGGUGAUGAUGAAAUUAAUUUUUCAUUUUCGGCUGGCCUGUUUCUUUAAGAUGACGCGAGUUGAAGAGACUUAGGUGUUUAUGGGAACGGACUUGAAACAUGAGAGAAAAAUCUGAAACGUAAACCAAGCAGCAUCACCUUACUUUGCACAUGUCACAGUCGUAAUGGUGUAUGGGUGCAUUAUUAAAAACUUUACUACAAAUUAUCAUACAUUACACGUGCUGUAUGUAUAAAUCAAUGUAUCCCUGUGUAGAUUUUUUUAAUGUAAGUUUUUCUCUUUUUUUUUUGGUUUGUGUGUUUUUCUUAUAUUACCGAGGCAUGGCUGAGAUUUUGACUAAAUCUCCCUGCCUCUGCUUUUGAUCCACCACGAAAUAACCACAGCGGAAGAUUACAAAUAGCUUUUCACAUCGGACACGAGAAACUAUUUACAACCCCCCGAAUCCGACACGUUUGAUAUACGAGUUUGUUUUUCUUCAUAAUAACAUGUUGUAUAUAAUAUUGUCACAAUACAUCGCGGCGUCAAUUUCCACAAUCCUUUGCUUCUAAAGAGCCCUUGUCAUUUUCUGUUGAGUCUAAGUUAUUGCAGUGCCACUAUGAUGCCAAUGUUGUGUUUAUAUGACUCCCAGACCCUGUUUUGAUGAAGGUUUUAUGGGUAAUAAACAUCAGAGAUAUCAUAUAGGUCCAUGUUAAAUCUUAUAUGCUUUUCAAAGGAAUCGUGUAAAUGAAUCAUUCUCUAAAUGACUCAGAUUAUGACUACAUUGUUUUUUGUACUUUUUUAAACUAUGUUCUUUUGUUUUGAAAUAAAAUGUUGUCGUAAAA